UGCCAAUUUAUUUUGGAGCACUAUCUAAUUAUAGGGUAAUUUUAUAACGGUAGAUUUCACCGUUAGUCCCAAGGCUUUGAAAUACAGACCAUGAAGUCGGGUGUGAUUACUGCAUAUACCCCUUCUUCUCCAACCACCGUCACACUCAUCUCCGGCAAUCUCCGUGCUAAAACGCCGAUGUUUCCCUCUUCCUUCAGACUCAACUACGGCUAUAAAUUCUCCAGCUUCUCCCUCACAAUUUGUUCGUCCAAAUCAUCAUCAUCAUUAUCCACCGUUGAUUCUGCCGGUGCCGAAACAGAAAAUCAAACAUUAGAUGGAGAAAUUUCGUCGCCUGAGGUUAAUGAAUCGUUCAAUGUUGAAAUCGGAAGCCCUAAAAUUCGACCAAUUUUUGUCUCUCCCAAAUUAAGCUUAAGUGACCAAGCUUUCUUUCUCUUGGCCUUCAUUGCUAGCACGACGUCGGUGGCUUUCACCAGUCUGGUAGUUGUAGCUGUACCGACACUGUCUGCGAUGCGUAGAGCUGCAAUAUCUCUGUCAAAGUUGGCAGAUACUGCUCGGGAGGAGCUUCCAAGUACAAUGGCUGCUAUCAGGCUGUCUGGGAUGGAAAUCAGUGACCUUACACUGGAAUUGAGUGAUUUAAGUCAAGAGAUAGCUGAUGGUGUCAACAAAUCUGCUCGAGCUGUGCAAGCAGCAGAAGAUGGAAUCAGACAACUUGGGUCUCGUGCUCACCAGCAAACAAUGUCAAUGAUUCAGGAGAGAGCAGAUCUUCCUGUCAUAUCUUUGCAGCCAGUUGUAACUGGGGCAGCAAAGAAGACUUCUUAUGCAGUUAGCCAAGCCACGAGAAGAUUCAUGAAUAUGAUAACUGGAGGUGAACUUGGCUCAGAAAUGGAAGACGACAGUGAAUUUGAUCCCGAAGCUUAGAGAGCACUUCUACACUAGUUUACUUGAGUAAAAACAUGUUUAUAUGUUCCAAACAAAAUCUUGAACAUGAACAGCACAUGUAAAAGCAAUGAUUCAGAACGUUUUUCAGUAAAUAUUAGCCAUCUUUCAAGAA